CGGAAGUAAACGGAGUGAGGUCAUUGGUUUACGCGCUCCUGGCGGGGCUUUGUGAAGUUUACUGAUAGUUACUGCGGUGUUUGUUAUGCAGUGUUAUUCAACGAGAAAACAAACACGAUCGCAAAUAUAAAUGAUAUCUAGAACGGUAUAUGAUAUAUUUGGGUGAGCAUGUGAUCACGUGUUGGUUGACUCUUUACUGUCAAGCGAAAGCGGAUAGCGCUAACUUUGCGACUUAGCGGCAGCUGGAGGCUAGCUGUCGUUAGCUGCUAGCAAAGAGAGCGGCGCAGACUGAAAAUGAGCCUUUCGCGGGAGAUUAAACAGCUACAGAAAGCAAAGAGCAAAGCGCAGAACAGCAACAACUUGAAAGAGGAAGCCAACAUCUGUAAUCAGCUGGGGGAGCUGCUGUCCAGGAAUGGUGACUAUGAGGCUGCCAUCAGAGAGCACCAGCAGGAGUUGUCUCUCUCUGAGGUGCUGAAUGACGUGAUUGGACGCGCUGUAGCCAACCGGAAGAUCGGAGAAUGCUACGCAGAGAUGGGAAACAUCGAGGCUGCCUUGAAACAUCAGCGAUGUCACCUGGAGUUGGCUCGCUCUGUCAGAGAUCACGCAGAGGAGCAGCGAGCGCUGGCCACUAUCGGCCGAACCUACCUCUUCCGUUAUGAAUCAGACCAAUCGCGAAACAGUUUGGAGCAAGCAGAGGAAGCCUUCAGGAGGAGCCUGGCCAUUGUAGAUGAUCUUCUAGAAGGGAAAGUGCCAGAGCGAGAGAUUAAUGAGAUGAAGGCUCGUCUGUUCCUCAACCUUGGUCUAGUCUGUGACCAUCUGGGGGACCCCAAGCGUUGUAGCGAGUUCAUCCGGCGAAGCGUAUUUAUUGCUGAGAGAAGCCAACUGCUGGAGGAUCUCUAUCGUGCAAACUUCAACCUGGGCAACAUCUACUUCCGCAACGGUCAACACUCCAAUGCUGUGCGCUGCCUGGAACAAGCCAAAGAGUGUGCUCAAAAAAUCAAGGAGAAGUUCAGUGAGAGCGAGUGUUUUCACUGCAUCGGCAAAGUGCAGCUGUCUCUGGGUGACUUCGUAGCAGCUAGACGAUCUCUGAAGAAAGCGUUCUUGCUGGGUUCCCAGCAGCCACUGGACAGACAGGCAGUCAAGAAAGCGCUCAAAUAUGCCGACAAGGGCUGUAAGUUAGAGGAAGAGCUUGGAGAAGAUCAGGGCAAAAGACUUGGCUCCCGUCAGGCUGUGGAGGUGGCAGAGCAGCUCGGGGACCUCUACUGCAAAGUUGGCUGCUACAGCAAAGCUCUGGAGUCCUACCAAGCCCAGCUGAAAGGUGCUGAGGCCAUAGGAAAACCUCCCAGGGAGUUGGCUGUCAUCCAUGUGUCCCUGGCUGCUACCUACACAGACCUGAGACGCUACAGCAAGGCAGUGGAGCACUACAGACAGGAGCUGGCUUUACGGCAGGGCAGCUCCUCUGAGGAGUGCAGCACCUGGCUGAACAUUGCGACUGCUCAGGAGGAGAGCAGCUGUGCCUUUGAAGACAUAGAGGGCAGCUACAGUUCUGCACUAUGCUGCGCUCAGAAGUCUGGUCAGGCCAGACUACAGAAACGUGUGUUGAGGCUUUGGCUGGCGUCCCAGAGGCGAAGUGGCUCACCUAAUGCUGAUGAGACGGAGGCAAAACUGCAGGAGCUGUGUGCCGCUGAGGGCUGGAGUCCAGAUGAUAGUGAUGGUGAGGAGGACGAAGAGGAGGAGAUGGACAACAGUGAACCUCAGGACGACAGUGACGUCAUCCUGUCAGACUCCGGUGAUGAUUUGGAGGGUUAUGACAAGAUGGUAUCAGGACGGAGGAAAGGAGGAAGGUGGAAUAAGAGGAACGAAAAGGGCGAGACGUCACUGCACAGAGCAUGUAUAGACGGAAAUCUCAAGCAAGUCCAAUAUCUGGUGGAACAAGGUCAUCCAGUGAACCCCAGAGACUACUGUGGCUGGACUCCUCUGCAUGAGGCCUGUAACCACGGUCACUAUGACGUUGUGGCCGUGUUGUUGGAGCGCGGCGCCAACAUCAAUGACCCCGGUGGCCCGCUGUGCGAAGGAGUGACUCCUCUUCACGAUGCCCUCGCUUGUGGCAAUUUCAAGGUUGCAAGACUCCUCGUGGAGCGCGGGGCUUCGGUUACGCUACGCAACUCCAAGGGAAACACGGCCAUGGACACCCUGCGUCAGUGGCAGCGGACGUACAACAGAGAGCUGGACCAGGACACCAGGCAGGAAUGUGCUGCCAUGGAGAAACUUAUGAGGAAGGCACUAGGAGGAGGCGUCCCUGCUGCUCCAGCGCCAGCCAAACCUUUCGACGCCCUCCAGGACAGCCAGCUGUUUGAUGCAGAGGCCUCAGAGCCACUGUCAUCCUCUAGGGAGGGAUGUGUAUCCAGCCAAGACUGGCCCCGAAACAACAGGAACUCCGAGGGGAAGGCAGUACCUUCCAGUCCCAGGAGGUGGCAGAGCAAGAGCGCAACCAAGCAGCACAGAGCCAGAGGCACAGAAGCUGCUGUUCUCUAUGGGAGUGACAGCAGCUCAGACGGCAGUGACUCAGACUGCCCUGUCAGUCCUCUCCGUCCCGUUCGCCCCAGACCCGGUUUGCCAUCAGCCACAAGUCAAAAGGAGGCUCCCGUGAGCAAGGAUGCCAGCUCAGGUCGAGAGAGAGAGACGCCCACGCCCUCCUUCUUCGAACGAGAGGAGUACCACAGCGCCAUUCGAGGCCUGGGCAGCUCCAAGACUCUCUUCCACGGUCUGUCACAGCCCCAGUUCUCUAGUACUCCAGCCGUUUCAUCCAGCAGUAGGUCAGCUCUGGUUCCUGAGGAGGAGUAUCUGGCUGAUGACUGGCUGGAGGAUGACCUGGGGGAAAUUCAGCCGAAGAAGAAAAGGCGGCUCCAGAAUGGGGAGCGAGGGGAGGACAUUGACUCAUUUACAGCAGCCAGGAGCCAGAACCGGCAGCUUGACGCAAACCUCAGAGCGUCUGCAGUUCCCUCCACGUCCACUAGGAGUCUCUCAUCGAAAAAAAAUGGUUGUGCGAAGCCUCAUCAGGUUAAGAUGACUCAGAUGCCCGGAAUGGUCCGGUUAGGCAGACGGGAAGUCAGCAGGUCACACAGCCCCAACAUCACAGAUGAUGAUGACCUGAGACCGGAAACGCCACCCCCACCCCCUCACAUGCACAGUCAGCCUCCAUCUCAAGCGCUGGCUGCUCCCAUGCCCACAGCCAUGGCUCCACCGAUCAGAAUGAGGGUCAGAGUUCAGGAGGAUGUUUUCCUCAUCCCAGUUCCUCAAAGCGAGGCCGAGUCCUGCACGGUGCUGUGGCUGUGCGAGCAGGCGGCCCAGCGGUACUACCAGAAAUGUGGCCUCCUGCCUCGCCUCUCGCUGCAGAAGGAAGGCGCCCUCCUCUCCCCACACGACCUGCUGCUGGCUGUGCUGCACACCAAUGAAGAGGUUUUGGCUGAAGUUUGCUCCUGGGACCUGCCUCCUCUCCCCGAGCGCUACAGAAAAGCCUGUCAGAGCCUGGCAGUGGACGAGAACAAGCGCGUCACCCGGCUGUGCGAGGUGCAGGACGGGAGCUCCUCCUUUUCCCUGUGUGGCCUCAGCUUGGCUCCUUCCACCCUCAGCCCGCUGCUUCGUGCCCUGAAACUCCAGGCCAGUUUAAGCGAACUGCGUAUUUCGGGCAACCGUCUUCACAACGACCUUCUCCCCGAUCUCGUCGGCACAACAAUCACCAUGCCUCGACUCCAGGUCCUGGACAUUUCCGACAAUCACAUCACAGGAGAAGGGCUGGCGAAGGCCGUGAAUGCCUUAAAAGGACAGAACGAUGCCGCGUUUCCGUGUCUGGAGGAGCUUGACAUCAGCACAAACCCACUGGGUGACGGUGUGUCGGAGUCACUUUCCUGUCUGCUGUCCCGCUGCCCGGUGUUGGCCAAACUGUCUCUGCAGGCCUGUGGCCUCACUACUCGCUUCCUGCAGCAGCAUCGACUGCUGCUAGCCAGCACUUUGGCAGGCACAGGCCACCUGAAAUCAGUGAGUCUUUCCCACAAUGCAGUGGGCUCAACGGGGUUUGAGCUGGUGCUGAAGACGCUGCCUCUGCACUCUCUCACACAUUUGGACCUGGCUGCCGUCUGUAGGGCUCCAACUGAUUUUGUGGCGCUGGAACACCUCUCAAAGGUCCUAUCGCAGGGCGACUGUUCAUUGACCCACCUGAAUCUGGCAUCAAACGGGUUGACGGACAGCAGCGUGGCCUCCUUGGCCAGGAGUCUAGCGUUUUGUCCAACCCUGGUGAGUUUAAACUUGUCAGGAAACCCGUGUGUCACCGCAGCAGGACUUCACAGCAUCCUGAGCUCGCUGAGAGAGGCUGGCCGACCUUUGACCUUUCUAAAUCUCCAAGGCUGUCAGGUGUCUGGUCCCUGGCAGAGCGCUGAGUUGGACGAUUUGUCAGAGUUGGUCAAGGAUCUCCGUCUCUGCUCUCAGAGUCUCAACAAGCUGGACCGGCAGGUCUUAAAGCAGAGCUGGGACACUGGUCGGCAUCGUGGACACGUCAUUGACCGACACACAAAGUGCCUGCUCUCGGCUGCAGCUUCCUCGUGAAUCAUGGCCCUCCCUUUCGACUUCUGAGCCACAUCAAAUCACUAGUUAGGUCUAGUUUCAUAAGAAGCGCGCUUUUCAGUCUUGAUGUUCGCCUUAGUUAUGUGUUUGUGUGUCUAUUUUCUAUGAAGAUGAUGUUUGUUAAGUGUUUUUGUGUUCUACCCAGUAAAUUAUGAGGUGAUGUAAAUUGAAAUAUUAAAGUGUGGUGAACGUC